AUGCCGCAGCCGAAGCCUUCGUCGCAGCUCUGGCAAGAUUUCGCCUUCUCCGACAUCAUCGGCGAGGGUCAGUACGGCAAGGUAUGGCGCUGCGUGGAUCGCGCUUCGGGUCAGCCCAUGGCGUGCAAGCAGAUUCGCACCGCGGGCCUAUCAGAAUCUGAGAUGGCGGAUCUUCAACGGGAGAUCUACUCCCUGUCGCUUCUGGGCAGCCACAAAAAUAUUCUGUCGCUCGCGCAUGUGUACGCCGACGAGAAGACCGUGUAUCUAGUAACGGAGCUGUGCAGCGGCGGGGAUCUUUUCGAUCUGGUCGACCGAUCAGGCAACGGUCUGGAUGAGGCGUCCGCGGCGAAAAUCUUCGUUCAGAUCAUCCGCGCCGUGCGAUGGUGCCACGCACACCGCAUCGUUCACCGCGACAUCAAACCGGAGAACAUCCUUCUCACCAAGUCAACGACCAUCAACGCCGCUACUACCGGAUCCUCCUCUGUCUCUAUCGCGGAUAAUCUAUCCGUUCGUCUUGCGGAUUUCGGUUUGGCGUUUCAGCUGAAGCCGGGGUGCGCGAUGGUUGGGAUCGGUGGAAGCAUGCCGUACGAAGCGCCGGAGAUGCUCGCAGAGCAGCCGUACAACACCAAGGCUGACGUGUGGUCCCUAGGCGUGCUCCUUUACUCCAUGCUCACUUCCACCUGGCCCGCGUUUCCCGGAAACCGGCGUCAGCUGACCCCGAACGACUUCCGGAGCGCGGGAUGGGCCAAAUUGUCGAUCGCGGCGCGGGAUCUGAUUUGCCGAAUGAUGAUCGUCGAUCCUGCGCAGAGAUUUGACAUCGAUGGUGUGAUGUCGCACCCGUGGCUCGCCCACGCGCGACGAGCUGUGUUCCCGCGACAGGCGUCGCAGGUGUUCCCGUCGCGGCCGUCGCAGCAGCAGUCGCAGCAGCAGGUAUCGCAACAGCAGUCGCAACAGCUGGAGGCUGUCGUAGCGCAACUCUCUACUGACACUGCUGCGACCACCACCUGCAACGAGAAGGCCCUUCAUGUUGUCGAGCCUCUGACGCUUCGACAGCCGAACCUGUCUCCGAAGCAGCAGCGUCCUUCUGCAGGAAGACUCACGUCGGCUGCGCGCAGCGCAACUGCCGCCAGUAAGGCCAAGCGCGACGCGGCAGCUUCGCUUCUCGAGCUUGUCGUGCGGAGCUUGCAGUCGUCGCCGCCGUUGUCGCCGUCGACGACCACCGGCCUUGCGACAGCGUCGCCCAGUUCGUCGCCUGCUGUGUCGCCCGACCACACACAUCCCAAGAAGAUUCCUCGCACAGGCGACUCAUCUGAUACCCUGACAUGGCUCCUUCCUGACCGAUUCGCCGAGUCAGAGCUCGCGCCAGAAGCUCGGGUGGAGGGAUGGGGGGGAGGAGCGGGGGAAAUAAUAGGGGGAAGGGGGGGUGGCAGGAGGGGGGCGGGGGAGGCUGGGGGAGGAGGUGAGGAGGGAGAGGGGGAGGGGGAAGAGGGGGGGGCGGGAAGGGCGGGAUUGUUGCCGUGGGCGCUGGUGCUGGCGGUGGUGAAAGAGGGGGAGGUGCUGGGGGAGAUGGCGGCAGAGCAAUGGCUGGGAGAGGAGGGCAAGUGGACUGCUGUUGCUGGCAUCGAAGCAGCCAAGGCCGCAAUCCGCCUGCUCCUGUUGCACCGCGACAGGUGGCGACUUCUCAUUGGAGGAGGCAGCACGGAGAACCCCGGCCCCAGCAAACCCUCCCCUACCCCAUCAACUUCAUCCUCGUUACAAGCCCAGCAGCAGCCGUCCCUGUAUCAGCAGCAGCCGCAUAGCACAGCCGGUCCGAUGGGUUACAACAGUGGUAACCACCAGGGCGUGAAUGGGCAGCAGGCAGCCACGACCAGGGCACUGGGGGCGUUUCAAAGGUUCCAGAGGCAGGUGGGGGGGCAGCAGCUGCAGCAGCAGCACUCCCGCCAUUACCACCGCCAGCACCAGCACCACCACCAGAACCAGUACCAACAGCAGCAGCAGCAGCAGCAGCAGCAGCAGCAGCAGUACCAACAGCAGCAGUGGUAUUAUGAGCAGCAACAACGUAACCUGCAGCAGCAGCAGCAGCUGUAUUGGGCACAGGAAAACGGUGGUGCUGGUGUGGUGAGGAAUGCUGCUGCUGCUGCUGCAUCUGCUGCUGCUGCUUCGUCCAGUGGUCCUGCUGUGUCUGGUGCUGGUGCUGCUGUGAACGCAGCAGCAGAGGGUAUGGAGCACCUAGGCAGGGUAGAGACGGCUGAUUCCAACGGGAUUGCUGAGAAGGCUCCAGCUGACGCCAUGUCAGCUGCACGUGUGGAAGAUGGGGCCGCCACGUCAGCCAGCGAACCAAGUCAAGCAUUGGCCAAGACAAAACAGAUUGACUGGAUUCGCUGCAUGCACGUGUCAGCAGAGCUUAUCCACAUCUUCCGCCCUCUCCUCUACGUGCUCGCCAUUCGAGCACAGCCCCUCACUCUUCAACCCCCUCAUCGUCCAUCCCCCUCCCCAUGUCCACCGCUCCCCCCAGCUGCAUACACGUGUCAGCAGAGCUCAUCCACAUCUUCCUCCCGCUCCUCUACGUGCUCGCCAUUCGCCGUGACUCACAGUUGUUCUUCUCCCUUCCUUCCAUACCCCUCUCCCAUCAUUUCGUCCCCCAGCUGCAUGCACGUGUCAGCAGAGCUCAUCCACAUCUUCCGCCCUCUGCUCUACGUGCUUGCCAUCCGAGCCGCUGCCAGAGCUGCUCGGUCCAGAGCAGGUGAGGGCAACUCAUCCACUCCACAGGCAGUGCCGCUGUCAAGCCCCUCCCAGGCCAGCCGGGCAGGCGGUGGUGGUGGUGGUGGUGGUGGUGGUGGUGGUGGUGGUGGUGGUGGUGGUGGUGGUGGUGGUGGUGGUGGUGGUGGUGGUGGUGGUGGUGGUGGUGGUGGUGGUGGUGGUGGUGGUGGUGGUGGUGGUGGUGGUGGUGGUGGUGGUGGUGGUGGUGGUGGUGGUGGUGGUGGUGGUGGUGGUGGUGGUGGUGGUGGUGGUGGGUACCGCUGCUGUCAAGCCCCUCCCAGGGCAGCCGGGCAAGCGGUGGUGGUGGUGGUGGGUGCGCUGGCACCCCUGGCUGCUCUCCCUCUCCCUCUCCCUCACUUCUUCUAUUUCUACCUUUACCUCUGUGUAUUCCAGGCAGUGCCGCUGUGA